AUGACAGUCAGUGAAAUAAAACCACUAUCAGUUCCUGUUGAAGAAAUCAAAAGAAAACUAGCGUCAAAGCAAGACAUCGGAUUUGUCUUUGACAUUGAUGGUGUUUUACUCAGGGGUAAGCAAAGAAUAGUAGAAGCAACUGAAAUGAUCACUUAUCUACAAAGAGAGAAAAUUCCAUUCAUUUUAUUAACUAAUGGUGGAGGAAUGACGGAAGAAAAGAGAAUUAACUUUAUCAAUAUGACAUUACAAUUGGAAACUCCUAUACAUGCUGAUCAGUUGGUCCAGGCACAUACACCAAUGAAAACCUUAAUACCGCAUCACAAGAGAGUGCUUGUAUGUGGAGGCCCAAAUGAUGAUAUCAGAGAAGUUGCUCUGAAUUAUGGAUUUGAAGAUGUUAUCAGACCAGUUGAUGUGAUUAGGGCAAACCCAACGGUAUGGCCUUAUCAUAUGUUCACCGAGGAGCAAAUCAGAACAUGGGGAAAGGAUCCAAGUAUUACUAAACUAGAUGUUGACGGCACUGGAUGUAGGGAAAAUCUACCAAUUGAUUCCGUCUUGUGUUUUAAUGAUUCGAGGGCAUUGGCAACUGAAAUUCAACUGAUUUCAGAUUUAUUGAACUCUGAAAACGGUGUCCUUGGGACUAGAAGGGCUAUCAAGUCAAGUAAACCUGCAAUUCCGAUAGUCUUCUCAAAUAAUGACUUCCUAUGGGCCAACGAGUUCCCAUUGCCUAGGUUUGCAAUGGGUAUCCUAAAGAUGUCAACUCAAACAAUAUAUUCUAAACUAAAUGGAGGUCAACAGCUAGAGCAACUUACACUUGGAAAGCCUGAAAAAGUGUGUUACGAUUAUGCACAUCACAUUUUAAUCAACUGGAGAAACGUUUUAUUGGGCGUCAACAAACCAGGAAACGUUUGUCAACCAAGCUUGAAUGAUCCUCCUGUUUGUAGUCCAUUUAAGAAAGUUUACAUGGUUGGUGACAAUCCGGAAAGUGACAUCACUGGUGGUAAUCGAUAUGGCUGGGGGACUAUCUUGGUCAAGACUGGUGUUUAUAAAGAAGGCGAUUUUGAGAGAAAUCCUGGUACAUCUAAACCAAGCUUAGGUGUAUUCAACAACGCCAAGGAGGGGGUCAUGCAUGCACUUAAAUUGAAUGGUCUAGCGUGA